AUGCCCAGAGUUCAGGAAUGUUCUGCUUUCAAUGGUCCAUGGUCUUAUACUGCCAAAUUUCGACAAGGAAUACAUUGGAAAUCUUGUUUGCUGAACAAGAAACAGCAGGAAAUAGACAGUGUUAUCCAAGAGCAAGAACAUUUCUUGAAGGAAAGCAUAGAGAACUCAUCCUCUGCCUUCUGGCAUUACAUCGUGACAGAGGAGAAGGACCUGUACCAGUUUCCAAUUGGGCAACAAAAGAAUACCUCUGUCAAACAGGCAUCAGAGUUUGCUAGACGUCUCCUAGCAGCCUCCCAUUUUGUUUCUGCUCACCGGAACAUGGCCAUUGUGAUUGCAGUGAGCAACAUCACAAUGUGGGAAGCCAUGAUUAACACAUUAGAAAAUGUGUUGGAGACUUUAUUUGAUGCUGACCAGGUGGCACUUAUGUUAGUCAAUGAAACAAAUGUGGUAUCACUACAUGGUUGUGGAAACCAAACUUUGGAAACAAACAGAUACAACAUUGAUGUUAUAAAGAGCAAAUUGAGAAAUGUUCAUGGUCUACCAGAGGUUGUUAAGUCUGCAGGAGUUUCAGAGGCACUGAACUUAGCCUUUCAAGCUCUCAAUACAAGUUCAGCAGUUGAGCAUGGGUCUCUACCAAUUAACCAAAAUGUACUGCUCUUCCUCACAAGUGGUAUUGAAGAUGGCGCCACUGAGGUUGUGAAAGCAAUGGAACAAGGGCAAGCCCAACUUGCUACCCCUGCCCAUCUAUUCCUAUAUGGUUUAGACAACAGCACAUUAUCCAAUCUGGCAAUAAAAAGCCUCACAACAGUAGUUCAUGAUUUUGAUGGGGACCUGUCAGAUUAUUACGCAUAUUUGCAACCCAGUGUUCUUCCGCCAGGACAGGAUUAUAUUUACUUUGGGCCACAUUAUGAUUCCUCUGUAGGCAUGGCCCUUACCAUUGGGGCACCAUUUUCUACAGAGAAUGGCACAAAAGGUGUAGUGGCCACUGAUGUUUCCGUGGCAACCUUGUUCAGAUCAGUGCUGGACAGUCAGAUAGGUGCAAAAAGUCAUGCACUGGUAGUAGACAGAAGAACAGGGAACAUUAUUGCUCAUCCAAGACUACCAUUACCCUCUGAGUUACAUGCUGCGAUACCGACCCUCUAUGUGACAGAUAUGGAGCCUCAGUUACCUAGGAGUUUAUUGCAAGAUCUUAAUAAAGGAUAUAGCAGUUUUAAUGUCCCUGGAAUGGCCAGAAGACAUGUACCAGAUGAUGUCCAUGAAGAACUGAUUGAAGACACAGCUAUGUAUUCAAUAUCACCUUUGGAAAAAUCUCCUUUUGCAAUCAUCCUUGUUUUGGUAGAUGGUGACACCCAAAGAGACUAUAGUGAUUAUCACUACCAGCCAAAACCAAGAGCAUAUUAUUAUCGCUAUGACAUAUUAGAUAACAUGGGAAGAGACCCAACGUUGUGUAACAGGGCAGGUGUGCCAGUAGCAAAACAUCAGUCUGUAAUUAAGUUGUCCCCAAAUGUUUUCCAUGACCCUUUUUAUCCAUGGAGCAAAGAAUCAUGCACACAUGCAGAAUUUGUCCAGACAUUUUUAAGGACAGGACGAAAUGGCACUUUUCUGAGAGACCCCACUGCUGCCAAGGCUAUCUUAGUUGAUACCUACAGAUCUGAUGAACUGGUUAGCACCUGGCGGGAGCAUGACCAGUUACCUGUCCAGAGGUACCUAGGCACUAGAAAUGGUGUGGCUCGCCUGUACCCUGGCCAGUUAUUAGACGGUGGCUUUGACCCCAGAGAACAGCAGUGGUACAGAAAUGCUGCAAGACUCUCACAGAUCAUGGUGGUGUCCCCAGCACCAAGUUUAAUUGGGCCUCACAUUGAUGGAUCUAGGUUGCUUUCUGUUAGCAAGGCCAUUUAUGAAGAGAGAAGUGGUAUUUCCGGCCAUUCUCGACUUGACCCAGUGAGUGCCGUGGUUGGAGCUGAUGUCAGUGUCCAUUUACUUCAGUCACUCCUGCUGGAGAAGGUUGGGCUGUGCUUGGAUCAAAACAUAGCUUGCAAUCUGCUGGACAACAGAGGAUAUAUGAUUAUUGGUAACCAUGACAACAAAAUCAGUGAUAAGACACAACAUUUGACAGAUGCCUAUCCGAUUGUGGCAGAUAUCUUGAUGAAUUAUGGGUAUCUAAAGGCCAAGGCAUGCUGUUUUCCAAUCAGUUCUGGUUCUUCCUACGAGUUAGUACUGAACACCAGCAGUCUGUACCAGGUCAAUGGGGGCUGCCAACAGUUUGUACUGCAGAGAAUACUUGACACAAACAUGUUCCUGCUGGCGGUUUUAGGCAAUUCAACAUGUCUGCCCUCUCCUAAGCAGAGUGACACUAAGGAGUGUUAUGUGAAAGUAUGA